CCGGGGUCGGAGGUCUGGGAAGUGCUUCCUGGAGCACGGAGGCGGUUACAAAUCACGUGACAGCGGCUUUUAGAAGAACCUGUGUCAGAAGCUGUCGUCUGAAGUGACAGCUCAGGGAACCGGGCAGCCCAGAAACCCAGGCGUGGAGACUGAUCCUGCGAGAGGAAGGGGUUCAUCAUGGCGGAUGACCUAAAACGAUUCCUGUACAAAAAAUUACCAAGUGUUGAGGGGCUCCAUGCUAUUGUUGUGUCAGAUAGAGAUGGAGUGCCUGUCAUUAAAGUGGCCAAUGAUAAUGCUCCAGAGCAUGCUUUGAGACCUGGUUUCUUGUCUACUUUUGCCCUUGCAACAGACCAAGGGAGCAAACUUGGACUUUCAAAAAAUAAAAGUAUCAUCUGUUACUAUAACACCUACCAGGUGGUUCAAUUCAAUCGUUUACCUUUGGUGGUGAGUUUCAUAGCCAGCAGCAAUGCUAAUACAGGACUAAUUGUCAGCCUAGAAAAGGAACUUGCUCCAUUAUUUGAAGAAUUGAGACAAGUUGUGGAAGUUUCUUAAUCUGGCAGUGGUUUCUGUGUAUACCUUAUCUUCAUUAUAUCAAUCCAGCAAUCUUUAGACCACAACAACACUUGUAUCCAUGUACUCAAGAAAGGGCCCCUUUUUCCACCUUACACUAGAGAAAGAGCCUAUAGAUAGAAUUUACGGACAGAUUGAUUCUUAUCUUUUCUUGUGUAGGGCCUUUUCUUAUUUGUGAGAUCUGGGGAUUCCACAGAAAUGGUUCAAUCUAUCACAGCUCCUAUGGAGUUAGUCCAGUCACCAAAUAUGCAUGAGAUUCUAUUCGGUGGCUCAGAAUCAAAAUGAUACUUUGAUCCACUUGAGCCAUGAAGUGCUCCCUAUUGUACAAUAUGCCAGGCCUGCAGAAUGAAGCAGACUCUUUUUAUUGUGAAUAGUGAGGACAUAUUUUUCUUCAUAUUAUUUUAUUUGCAUUGAGAGGAAGAUAAAAUGGCUUAGUAAAAGUAAUAGAAUCAGUACAAUCACUAACUUUCCUUUGUAUAUAUUAUUUUGCAGUAUAGGUGAGUAUUACUAACUGAUUUGAUUCUUCUCAGAGGGUGCUGCUCUUUAAUGGAAAUGAAAAUGAUAGCUAAUGUUUUUUUCUUCCACUCUGCUUUCUGUAACCAAUCAGUGUUUUUUAAUGUUUGUGUAUUCUUUAUAAAAUUUAGAUGUGAUUCAUUAUUGAAUUGUUUCCAAUAUUGGUAUGUAUGUAAACAUGGUAGUAUAGCCCUUUUUUUUCAUACAUGAGUAUAAAUAAAAUAGUAUUUUUAGAAGUACAGUUUGAGCACUAUGUAGGUUUUUUUCCCCCAGACUGUUUUCAAACGUUUAAAGACUAUAAUUAACUUAAUUCACUCUUUCAACCACACGAAUAAGUGACUGUUUCACGUCUGGUUUGGAGACCGUUUUACCUAACAUAAACUGUGAGUUGGAAAAUAAACCUCAUCCA